AUACACUACACCCCAUGUCACUCUCACUCCUCCCUCUCUCUCUCUCUCUCUCUCUCUCUCUACCACUUCCCUCAGUGAUCCCCAAUUUUCUUUUCUUUAUAUAUAUAUGUUUUUAAAGUAUUUUUUGGAUGGCUGUUGGGAGACACAGGCAGAAUUAAACCUGUCCAAAGUUUGUGUCUUGCAAGAAAUUUCUUCAUUAGUUUAAUUAAUUAACUCUCGUUUGUUUUUUUUUUUGUCUGAAUCAGUGCCCUGCAAGAAAAGGUGAAAAACUGCGGCUGUUUUCUGGCAUCGUUUUGCAUAUAUAUAUUUUGGGUGAGCUUCCAUUUGCUGGCUAUGGCGGUGGUGAUGCUGAUGGAGAUGAAGAUGGUGUGGAUUCACUGAUAAACUCUCUCAUUUGUCAGAGGGUUUUGCAGAAGCCAUGGAUCGACGAGGGCAAGAAAUUAGGGAAAUGGGAUUGCCCAAUUCCAUGGCGUACACUACUCCACCAAUCAUCCAAGAAUCUCCAAUGAAGCUUCCCCUCGCACCCCUCCUCUCCACCACCAGAACAAACCCUUUAAUUUCCCCACGCCGUGGAACCUCCAUUUUCAGCCCUUCCCACUCCUCAGAUCAGCCGUAUCACAAUCUUCCGCCGCCGCCGCCGCCGCCGCAGCAACAGAUAGUGCAGAGAGAACCGUCGCCAGAUCCAGAUCCACCGCCGUCAUCCACUCACACAACCGCCGAUGCAUCGGAUUCAAGGAGCUCGCCGCCGCAGCCGAUCAAGUACCGGGAAUGCCUGAAGAACCAUGCGGCAAGCAUGGGCGGGCACGUGGUCGAUGGGUGCGGGGAAUUCAUGCCCAGCGGAGACGACGGCACGCCGGAGGCCCUCCGCUGCGCCGCCUGCGACUGCCACCGGAAUUUCCACCGGAAGGAAGUCGACGGGGAGCCGCAGCAGUUCCAUCCAUACAAUAACCCCAACCCGAGCAGCGCCGCCGCCGCAGCAGCACAAAUUCACGGCCAGAUUACAUACUCAAUGCCGCCGCACCACCACCACCGCCCCCGGCCCCGCCACAAGCACUCCUCCCAUUCCGUCGGCGCCGGGUCCGCGCCUCCCGCCGUAGUUAAUUUCAGCGGCGGCGGCGGCGCUGAAUCCUCGAGCGAGGACCUCAACAUUUUCCAAUCGGGGCGGCGGCACGGCGGCGCGACGGCGUCUCCCCGGAAGCGAUUCCGGACGAAAUUCAGCCAAGAUCAGAAAGAUCGAAUGCAGGAAUUCGCGACGAAAAUCGGGUGGAGAAUUCAGAAGCAAGACGAGCAAGAAGUGCAGCAGUUCUGCGCCGAGGUGGGAGUGAAAAGGCAAGUUUUCAAAGUGUGGAUGCACAACAACAAGCAGGCGAUGAAAAGACAAAUUUGACCCCGGCCGCCAUUGUCGUCAACCUCAUCAUCAUCAUCAUCAAGGCUAGAUUUUGCUGUCAUUAAUUCUGAGGAGGAAGAAGAAGACAAUUCUUAGGUGAGUAGCCUUGUGAUUCUUUUUCUUAAUUAACUAAUGAGCUCCAUCAUCAUCAAUUCAUCAUCCUCGUCAUCAUCUAAUGUUAAUUAGAACACCAAAAACAUGUUUAAUUUGUCCGUUAGAAUAUGAAAUCACUAAUAACAAAUUACCUUAAAUUUAAUAA